AUGGUGUACACACGAUGGAAGUGCGACCGUCUGCCGGUCUUCCAGGUGAAGCUGUUCACGCAGGAGUAUCCGCUUCACACUGCUGUUGGCAUCCUCAGCAUCAUGUUUCUGUGGAAGCACAUGAGCCACUGCUCCGAGGAGACGGAGCGCAAGAACGGCUGGUGGGCUGGCUACCCAUACUGGCGUGAUCCCAUCGCCCGAAGGAAUGAAACAAAGUACAAGCAGCUUAUAAACAAUAACGAUGUGGAUAUCACGGACCCAAAGUGGACCGGUUGCUCUCGUGAGCAACUUAACAGGCUGAAGGCUCUUGUUUAG